AUGAAUCCUCCUUUCCCGUCUUUGACCAGCGUCUGGCACAAUGCCCCAUAUCCAGCCAUCUCACCCCAGAGACCUGAACUGAGCGCUGCAAGAAAAACAGUGAUUAUCACAGGAGCGGGAAGCGGUAUUGGUCAGGCAACGGCAGUGGCCUUCUCCAAGGCCGGUGCAGCCAACAUAGUACUGAUUGGACGAACCGAAGCAACGCUCCGAACCACGCAGCAACAGCUCAAGUGCAAUAGCUCUAUCCAUGUGGCCAAUGUCACAGAUGAAGCGGCCAUGGCCGAUAUUGCGGCUAAAACUGGAACCUGGGAUAUUAUGAUCUUGGCUGCAGGAUAUAUCGCCCCGAAAACUGAGAUACGUAACGCAUCGGUGAAUGAGUGGUGGCAGAAUUUCGAGACAAAUGUGAAAGGAACCAUGAUUGCCUCGAAGGUCUUUCUUCCGACCGCUAACCCUGCCCGGUCCGCGGUGGUCGCACUGACUGCCAUCGUGGUUUUCCCGACUGCGAGAUUAGUAGGAAAUUCGGGGUAUAUCAGCUCCAAGCUUACCAUCGUAAAGCUUAUGGAAUUCUUGGCAGCGGAGAAUCCGAACGUCUUUGCUGCUGCGAUGCAUCCCGGGAUGGUUGAGACGGAGAUCUUCCGACGUUCUGGGGCAGAUCCUACGAAAGUUCCCAUCGACUCAGUUGAUCUUCCUGCUGAAUUCCUGAUUUGGCUCACAAGCCCCGAGGCUGAAUUUUUGAAGGGUCGUUAUGUGAUGGCAAACUGGGAUGUUGACGAGCUUAAAGCCAAGGCCGAUCAGAUAAAAUCAGGCCUUUUGCUAACGUCGGGUAUCAAUGGCUGGCCGUUUACCCCUAACUAA